GUCUGUUGGUCUGUCUGUCGUCGGUUUCCGCGAGAGUUCAAGUUGCAGCAGCUGGUUUGGUGAGCGGAGGAGAUAGGUCAAAGAAAUUUCAAAAGGUAAAGAAAUUUCCACCGCGUUCGACGUAAGCAAAUAAUGGCGUAUCGCUACGACGUGUGGAACCGUGAAUAAUUGUUUCGGCUGCUGGUGUUUGCGCGUUUGCUCCAGCUGUGUCCCGGGUGCGGUUGUUGUGCCUGCAGAAGGUGACGUCGACCGUCCGGAUUGACGUUGCAGGUUUCCCCGACGAUUUUCACCUUUCGGCAAGGGAGAGAAAACGAACCACUUUCCGUCGUCGCGAGUGCGUGUGUGUGUGCUGCGGACAAGGUGGUUUUUCUAUUCGUCGUGCGGAAAGCAGCAGGAUUAACUUUGGCCAACCUCGGACGGAACACCUUCCUUCGCCCGUAACAAUGACAUCGAUUGUGGAGAACAUCAAGCACUACCAGAAAUCUAUCGACAGGGCGUUGAACGAUGAGAGCAGGCUGCUGCACUGCAUCGCCAAGCUGUACCGGCUGCCUGUUUCCGUCCAGCACCUGCAGGAGACCGGCAUCGGCCGAACGGUAAACGGGCUGCGCAAGUACGACGGCGAGGUGGGCGUCGCGGCCAAAGCGCUCGUGUCCAAGUGGAAAUCGAUGGUAGCGGCCGAGGAGUCCGAGGACGGGGGCGGAGGUGAGCAGCAGUCCGGGGGGAACAACCAUUACGACCAGCAGCAGGACGAGGACGACGAGGACGAUGAAGACAACUAUGACGAGUCCCGCCUGCAGGUUGACGAGCAGCCCCAGGAGGAAGAGGCUAACGAAGAUUCCGAUCAGGACAUGCACGAAAAUCACGAGUCACCGAGGCAGGAAGCGCGGCGGGAAGAGUAUCAACAGGUAGAGGAGGAAGAAGAGGAGGAGGUUGAAUCUGAGGAGGAGUCUGCGAAGGUUAGCAAACACAAGCAGGAGGAACACAGGAAGAGUUCAUCUUCCAAGUCUCGUGAUCGUCACGAGAAAGAGUCUACAAAUCAUCACAGCAGCAGCAGCAGCAAAAGUCACUCGUCGUCGUCCUCGUCGAAGAAAAGUUCCUCCGAAAGGGAUAAAAAGGACAAACACAAAAGUGGUAGUGAGCGGAAAUCGUCUAGUCAGCAGUCGAGCGGGAAGGAAAGCAGUCACAGUUCGAGCCGGGAAAAGUCGGGCUCGAGUUCUAGCAGCAACAAACAUCACUCUAGUACGAAAGUGUCCUCCGGUAAGGAGGAUUCGAAUGGGUACAAAAAGGAAGAGAGCAAGAAAAGACGUACGGAGGAGCAGGAUGAUUUGAACAAUUCUAAAAAGGUAAAAAAGGAUGAAUCCAGUGAGAAGAGCAACUCCAAAUCAAGCAGUAGAAGUAGCAAAUCCUCAAGUAGCAGCAGCAGUAAAGAUAAGUCGAAGAAGAGCUCGAGUUCGGAGAAGAAACGAGAAUCGUCGUCGAAGGAAAAGUCGCCCCGUUCAGACAAUGAGGAAGAGGCGGAGGAAGAAGAAGGUUUGGAUAGCUCGGCGGGAGCUAGCUUUGCCGAUGCCCUGGCAAUGAUAGGAAUGCCUUCUUCGUCGUCGUCGUCCAAGAAGAAGAGUUCCAGUGAUAAGCCCAAAAAAUCCUCGAGCAGCAGUAUGCCUCCACCGGCAGCCAAAGCAAGAUCUGAAAAGUCAUCCUCACGCUCAUCGAGCAGCAGCAGCAAAAGUUCCCGCCAUAAGGGAUCGAGCUCGCCGCAAAGCACGGCCAGCAGCAGCGGCUACAGCAGCAGUUCUUCGUCGUCCACCGUGGCCGCUACUGCACCCGCCUCCCUGCUGGAUCGCAACGUGGCGCUCGACCCGUUGCCUGAAGCGUCCGAGAUUGUUGAAGCCCUCCCGAUCAUCUCGCCCCACUACAAACCGAUGCCGCUGAAUCAAACCGUGAUGGGAUGCGUGUUCGGCAGCACCGCCGGCAAACCGCCAAGGUCACACCUGACCGAGGAGGAAGCCCUGGGACACAGCAUGCAGUCGAAGAACCAGCGCACCAAAGUUUACUCCGGCGUCAAGACGUACAACGGCAAGGUGCCAAGUCUGUUUGAUUCGUGCAUCCGGAUGCUGCAGGAAAACAUCGACCUGCUGGAUGUGACCGGUGGGGUGCCGUUCGAUUUGCUCAAGCCGGUGCUGGAUCGGGCCUCGCCGGAGCAGUUGAUGAACCUGGAGCACUACAAUCCCUACCUGAUGGAGGACAGCGACGUGUUGUGGGAGCAGCACUGCAGGAGGCAGUUUCGCACGCAGAAGCGCAAGGAGGAGGAGUGCGAGUCGUGGAGGGAGAUGUACAUGCGCUGCUCCGAGGAACGGGACGCCAAGCUGCGUAGCCUUACGCAAAACAUCAAAAUGUCCCAAGCGGAAAAGGUAGCCCCUGUCCGCAAGACCCAGCUGGCGUACGUGGACAGCGCAGUCAAACCACCUCGCAGCAUCAUCAGCAAACAGGCCCGCUACGGAACGGACCGCACGCCGGUGGUAUCACCGGCGGCACGCGUCGCCGCCCUCAAGAGCGCCUCCUCAAACGUGGCCAAGGCGGGUGACAACCGGCUCAGGGUGGCUCCUGGCGUGAGGGAUACUGCCCAAGCAGUUUUCCAACCGAUGAAGCCGAAAAAGGCUCCCAUGAUGACGAAGGUGAUGAACUCGAUCAAGGGCAUCAAAGGCUUCCGGCGAUAGGCGGCCGAGGUUGACGCGCCGAACCCCAAUUGAAUAUAUAAGUUAAUUUAUUAGUUGCACAUUGAAAUUAUUUAAAUUAUUUUCCUUCCUUAGCUUUGUUAGCCUUUUUUUCUUUUAAUGCCUACAAUUUCACUGUAGUAGAACUCACUUUUAUCGAUUUGAUUGUGGCUGAAUGUAGAAACAGCUAUCUUACCGACUUGUGUUUUAGAAUCCAUUUUUUUUUUGCUUUUGUCCUUUAGUUGUUUAAUUGUAUUUGAACAUUGUAAAUAUUUUUUUGUUAUGCUGUUCUCCACCCCAGUUGGAGUGGAGAUUUCAAUUAUCAAGACUUUUUUUUCUGAAAUAAAGAUUUGUAGUCUGAAAGGUG